AUGAUCACCCGAAGGUUGCCAGCUGUGCAAUUCAGAAGAUACUUAUCUCAUGAGUUGAAAGAAAGCAACAAGAGAUUCAUUCAAACCACACCUACGAGUACGAGGACUAGUUCAAACUCUUUCUACAACUUUCAACACGAGAAAACUAGGGAACCGCAACUACUUGAUAGAAACUCGGGGUCAAAAUGGGCAAAACACUCGUUGGAGUUUCCCUCGCAACCAAUCAGUGCACCAAAAGAAGCUAAUGAAGAAUCCCAAUCAUCAAAGGCCCCAGUACGGAGGCUGAGGACAUCGAGAUUCAAAACUUUCAAUAACCUUACCUCUGUACAACCAUCAACAUUGAAAACGGCAAACUCAACUCCGUUCAAGAAACCCUCAUCCGAGACGUCAUCCCCGUCACAGGUGAUUGAAAUCACAUCAGAUCCAGCAGUACAAGCAGCAUCAUCCUCAAUACAGAAGAAACCAAAGCCAUUAACCACUGAAACCAUACCAAAGACAAACACAGCACCCUCCACCCCAAAGAAGAAACGCACAUUGCGUCCACGUAAAGCAUUAAUAACGCUAUCUUCCAAUGCAGUUUCGCAUUUACAAGCAUUAUUGGAUCAACCUGAACCCAAGUUGAUUAGAAUCGGGGUUAGGAACAGAGGAUGCAGUGGAUUAACUUACAACUUGGAAUAUGUUGACAAGCCUGGUAAAUUUGACGAAACUGUUGAGCAGGAUGGCGUCAAGGUACUUAUAGAUUCAAAAGCAUUGUUUUCAAUUGUCGGUUCCGAAAUGGAUUGGUUAGAUGAUAAAUUGAGUUCAAGAUUCAUUUUCAAGAAUCCAAAUUCAAAAGGCACUUGUGGUUGUGGUGAAUCCUUUAUGGUAUAG